GUUUGGCAAAAUGGUUGGGUCCACAGCCAUAGCAAUGACAAUGUACCCUGUUUGUUUGUUGCAGGGAUGGAGCGCAAGAAUGGCAUGGGGGUGAUGGAGUUUGUGCUGCUGGGGUUAUCUCAGACCCAGGAGAUCCAGCUCUUCCUCUUCAUCUUGUUCUUUGUCUUCUAUUCUGUGAUCCUCCCAGCCAACAUCAUCAUCCUCACCAUCUGGGGCGACCCUCACCUGGGCACCCCCAUGUAUUUCUUCCUAGCCAACCUGGCCUUCCUGGACAUCUGCUACUGCUCCAUCACCCCCCCAAAGAUGCUGGCUGACUUCUUCCCCCACCAUAAAACCAUCUCCUAUGGGUGCUGCAUGGCGCAGAUCUUCUUCAUCCACUUCCUGGGGGCAGCUGAGGUCUUCCUGCUCAUGGGCAUGGCCUUUAACAGGUACAUGGCCAUCUGCCAUCCCCUGUGCUAUGCCAGCAUGAUGAACGGAGAGGUCUGCUGUGCCCGGGGGGCUGCUUGGGCCGUGGGCUUCACGCACUCUAUGCUCCAGGUGGUGUUGAUCGUCCAGCUCCCAUUCUGUGGCCCAAGUGAGCUGGAUAAUUUCUUCUGUGACAUCAGCCAGGUGAUCAAGCUGGCCUGCACCGACGUCUACGUGCUGGAGUUCCUCAAGUUCUUCAGCAGCGGCCUUUCCACCAUGAUGUGCUUCCUCCUCUUGCUCAUUUCCCAUGCAGUGCUGCUGGUCUGACUUCGGGCAGGUGACCCUUCAAAGGGGACGAGCAAAGUGGCUUCCCCCUGUGUCACCCACGUCAUCAUCAUCUUCAUCAUGUUUAGCCCGGCCAUCUACAUCUACUGCUGGCCCUUCUGCAGCUUCCCCCUGGACAAGGUGGUGGCCUUGUUCCAUACCGUGGUCUCCCCCCUCAUGAACCCUAUAAUCUACAUGCUCAGGAACAAGGAGAUCAUCAGUGCCAUGAAGAGGAUGCAGGGCAGACAUGGGCUCUGCAGAGGGAAAUAG